ACAGGUUCUUACCCUGUGGUCCUUAGGAAGUCGGUCAGUAGGUUUGUGUCCGGGUAGGUCCAAGUGGUGAGGAGUGGGACCUUUGUCGUGCACCUGACACCACCAUGGUAGACACCCGGCGCGGCACCUCCACUAUGCCGUACACAAAGGAGGAGGAGGCGAAGAUGGCCGCCAUCCUGCAGGAGAGAAAGGAGAAGAAGAAGGCCAAGAAGAAGGCCUUGAAGGAGGAGCAGGCGGCCAAAUUGAAGAAGAUGGAAGAAGAGAUGGCCAGGGAGAAAGAGAGGUUGAAGAAGGAAGAAGAAGAGAAACUGAAGGCGGUGGAUGAAGAAGAGGACGGUCCGCCACUGCAAAGGAGUAGUGGGCAGCCCAGUAGUAGUACCGGUGGAGACCUGGAGAAGAGGAUAUCUGAAUGGGUUGCCAACCUGACUAUGGGAGAAGAGGAAGAGGUUAGUACGUAUAUCCCGCAGGAUCAGCAAGAAGCCGCCAUGAAGGCUUGGGAUGCAAAGAAAGACCCUCUUAAACGUCAAGCGUUGGAAGACGAGAAGAGGAUGGAAUGGAAAUUAGCGGUAAUGAGGGAGAAGAAGAGGAGAAUUGACAAGGCAGCGGAGGCGGCAGAGGCCUUAGAGGAAGUGAAGAACAUAGAGGCGCAAUUAGCCGCCCAGCCCGAUCUCCCGAAUCAGAUAAGUCAGGACAUAGCUGUGCGCUCGAUACGGUUGGGCUUUCGAGACUUUGCUCGUGAGCUGGUAGGCGCCGUUGGAGCCGAGGUGGGUCACCGCCUGGACAAGACUGAGCGGUUCUGCGCUGGCGCCAUUGAAGGCGUCAAGGCGGCAGCUCCCAAGGAGGAAGCACGUCCUCCUCGCCGAGAGCCUGUCAAAGUCAAGUUCCCCGAUUCCUACAGUGGGAAGAGGGAGGAAAACUUUGACAAUUGGGAGGCCAACGUUAAGACCUAUGUGCACUUGCAACAGGUCUCCCCAGAUCAGCAAGUCCUAAUUGMUAUCCACGCGCUGAGAGAUGAGGCCGCCAGUUUUGCAAGGUCCCUAGUUCGCGCUGCCAACUGUAGUGAUGAUCCCGUUGCGUACUCCUCAUUUACGUCCCUCACCGAAUUCCUGAAGUUGUUGCGCGAGCGAUUUGUUGAUGUCGCUCGCAGUGUCAAAACCUCAGACAAGCUCCAAACCAUCCAUUCUCAUAAAUGGAAGAGUGCCARGGCACUCAAGGGUACAAUGGAUGAGUUGGUGGUCGUCCCUGACCAUGGGGUCACAGAGGGCCAGUUGGUCAACCUCUUUUACCGGGCUAUGCCCGAAGCCUUUCGAGGGCAGUUCUUCGCGAAGAGCGAAGACCCUGCCACCACUUACGAUUCCCUUAGUCGUGAGGUGGUGGUUUUUGAAGCGAAGUCAGUGUCCCUGUCUACCUUCAGGCAUAAGGAUUUGGACAAGGGAAAGCAAUGGAAAGGCCGCACUAUCUCAGGGCAGGAGACUCCCACACCACAUGUGGCUAUGGCAGAGGUUGCAGGCCGGUGUCUAGACGGUUGUCCCGAAACUGCUUGUGUUAGAGUUUCGCUAGACACCUCCCUCACAGGCGUGGCCGAAGAGUUGAAGGAGAGGAUGCCCGCCUGGGCCAAGAUGAAGAAGGAGAACAAAGGGCAGCUUAUAUUACUAGAUACAAAGAUUUUUAGAAGUCGAGUAGGGGCCCUAGUAGACUCAAGGGCCACUCGCAGCUACAUUAGUAGGAAAGCGCUGCAGAAGUUGAGGCUCGGACUUAAAGUCCAGAAACUGACAGACCCCAUAGUUAGUAUCCUCGCGGACAAUCGUACUAUGAUUAGAGAGGAUUACUUAGAAGGAGUCCAGGCGUAUUUCCGCCUAGAGAAAGAUGGGAAAGUGGAAAAGGUCCUCCACUCCCUGACUCUCCUCAUAGAGGACAGCCUCCCAUUUGACAUUGUCCUGGGAAUGGAUUGGGGAGAGGCGGCCGGGGCCACGCUCCAUUUGAAGGAGCACGAGUGUAGGCUCCCUAGUUCGUCAGUCGAGGCCAAGACUGCCCGCCUGUUCCAUGUGUCAGGGGUAGAGAAUUCCUUGGCGCACUGCUGCCUUAGUGCCCUCGCGUUCGCCAGACUAGUGAAGAAGGAGGGAUUGGAGGAACAGGUCUUUGUUGCCUAUGUUAGGCCAGUGACUGAGCCUACGGAGGAGAAGUCGAUGGACCCCGCGAUUGCCAAGCUGCUGGAAGAGUUUAAGGAUUUGACUGAGCCGCCGACAGGCACAGUGCCGCGGCCCAUCCAACACCGUAUUGAGAUAGAGCCUGGCAGUAGAACUCCUAAGGGUGCGGUGUAUAGGAUGUCCCCGCGGGAGUUAGAGGAGCUGCGGAAACAGUUGGACGAGCUCCUUGAAAAGGGUUGGAUUAGGCCCAGUUCGUCUCCUUUUGGAGCCCCUGUUCUCUUUGUACCUAAGAAAGAGGGAGAGCUAAGGAUGUGUAUAGACUAUAGGGGUCUGAAUGCUAUUACAGUGAAGAAUGUUGAGCCGCUGCCUAGGAUAGACGAUCUCCUAGAUCGAGUGCAGGGGGCAAAGUAUUUCUCCAAGAUAGAUUUGAAGUCCGGAUAUCAUCAGAUAGAGGUACAUCUUGAUGAUCAGUACAAGACGGCCUUCCGGACUAGAUAUGGGCACUACGAGUUCAUAGUGAUGCCCUUUGGACUAACCAAUGCGCCAGCUACGUUCCAGCGUUCAGAACCCUCGAAAGAGCAUCAGGGUCAUCUCAGGCAGGUCUUGAAGAAGUUGAGGGAAGCUAACUUCAAGAUCAAUGCAAAGAAGUGCGAUUGGGCAAAGACCCAAGUUCUGUACCUAGGCCACGUCUUAGACGGAGACGGCGUUAAGCCAGAAGAUAGCAAGAUCGCAGCGAUUAGAGAUUGGCCCACGCCACGUACGCUGAUAGAGUUGCGCUCGUUCCUGGGCCUAGCUAACAACUAUAGGAAGUUCGUGAGGAACUUCUCCACCAUCGCUGCGCCCCUUCGCAGAUUGCUGAGAAAAGAGACAAUCUGGAAGUGGGACAAGGACUGCACGUCUGCCAUGAAGAAGCUAAAGCAGGCAUUGAUAGAGUAUCCGGUCCUUAAGGUCACCGAUCCGUCCUUGCCUUUUGUCGUUACUACUGAUGCUAGCCAGUACGGCAUAGGCGCAGUGUUACAGCAAGACGAUGGCAAUGGCUAUAGACCCAUAGAGUUCAUGUCCGCCAGGAUGCCUUCAGAGAAGGUCGCGACAUCUACCUAUGAAAGGGAACUUUGCGCUCUUAGGCAAGCCUUAGACCACUGGAAGCACUACUUGCUUGGGAGGCACUUCAAAGUCUAUUCUGACCAUGAGACAUUACGAUGGUUAAAGACGCAGGCCAAGAUGACACCUAAGCUUACUAGGUGGGCCGCAGAGAUAGAUCAGUAUGACUUUGAGCUCAAGCCUGUCAAAGGGAAGUACAACGUAGUUGCGGAUGCUCUGAGUAGGAGAGCGGAUUACUUUGGGGCAAUAGUACAUUACCUCGAUAUAGGGAAGGACCUGCGGAAGAGGGUUAGAGAAGCUUACGCGCAGGACCCUAUCUAUAGUGAGCUCCUUAAGAAAGUCAAGGAGGCCCCAGAGACUGAACCGAAUUACCGCACUACCGAAGGGUUGCUUUUUGAGAAGACUAAUGUGUCUGACCGCCUGUGCAUCCCCAAUAGCGAAGAGAUUUGUAGUCUGAUUCUGGGCGAAUGCCAUGACACAAAGGGUCAUUUUGGUUGGCAGAAGACUUUAGCCAAUCUGAUGCGCGCGCAUACCUGGCCAGGGAUGAAGAAUGACUGCGUAGAGUAUGUUCGCAGUUGUAAAGUCUGCCAACGUAACACGACAUCUACGUGUGCUCCCUUAGGUCUUCUCAGACCCUUGCCCAUUCCGAAUCAACCGGGAGACUCGGUGUCCAUAGACUUCAUGGACACUCAUGUCAAAAGCAGGCAUGGCAAGAGCCAGGUCAUGGUCAUCGUUGACCGCUUUAGCAAGUACGCAGUUUUUGUUCCUUUGCCUUCAGAGGCGMAUACUGAUUUAGUCAUACAGAGRUKCUUUGACUGUUGGAUURGUGAGAAUGGARUCCCGCUGUCAAUAGUUAGUGAURGAGAUAGUCGUUUCACCAGCCAGAACUGGCAAGAACUCAUGGGAGUGUAUGGAUCCAAGUUGUUGAUGUCGUCCGRCCGUCAUCCAGAGACUAAYGGUCAGACARAGCAAAUGAACAAGAUCCUACAGCAAGUUCUGCGCAUGUACAUUAGGCCAGAUCAGAUUAACUGGGAUGAGAUGUUGCCCAAAGUAGCUAGUGCGUACAAUAACAGUGUGCAUUUGUCUACCUGCCGCACUCCCAACGAACUGCACAAGUCCUUUCCACCGCGCAGACCGUUUGAGGGACUCAACCAGGAUCAGAUUCACAGAUUGCCACCCGGGACCAGGGAGUUUGCUGUACAGCACAAAAAAGAACUAGCUACUGUCGUAGAAAACCUCAGGAAAGCCCAGCAUAGGAUGAUAGAGCAAGCGAACAAACAUCGUCGCCCUUCACAGUUUCAAGUAGGCGACUUAGUCUGGGUUAGUUCUAAAGAGUUUGCACCUGAGGAGAACAUCUCGCAGAAGUUACUGCCCACGUAUAGAGGGCCGUGGCCUGUCCUGGAAGUCAAGGGCGGCGAAGAUGGACCGUCCUAUAAAAUAGAACUCCCAGCACACCUCCACACAUACCCAGUUUUCCACGCAUCGAAGUUGCUACCUUGUCAGACAAGUGACCAGUUUCCAUCCCGUAGAUCGAUGAUCCCACCGGAUAUGGAUGGAAGAUACGACAUAGAUGGUAUAGUGGCUGAAGAUGUUUUCAGAACUGGAGGUAGGGGUCGUCCGCAGAAACAGUACAAGGUUCAUUUCAGUUAUCAAGAACCGGAAGACGACCGCUGGUUUACAAGAUCUGAACUUCUAGAGACAGCUCCCGUAUAGUCCGGGCCUAUGAGAGACAGCAGAAGGGUAAAGGUCCUGCCUUGGACUGAA